GAUUUCAAAAUGACAGAAUUCCCGAUAAUUAUCAAUUAUGAUUGGCUCAUAUUCUUAUUGGUUAUACCCUACGCUUUUUCAUUUCCUUUUAUUCUUACUUGCGCGCUAAAUUCGUGAUUUAAAGACGCAAAUCUUUGGCGCGAAUUUCUCGACAUGUAAAAAUUAUUUAUUUUUCGAUUGCGCAAAAAUAAUUAAUGUUUUCACCUCUCAGCCUGCCACAAAGCAAGUUGUGGCAAAAAAAUCUGAGAAAAUUGAACCGAUGGAUUUUGCAGCCGAUUGUCGUGAUUUAAUUUUAACGGCUAAUAAGGUUUUUGGAGAAGGAAAAUGGAAUCAUACGGUUGUUCAUCAAACUUUAGAUUAUGUUGAGAUCAUUGGUGCCAAGUGUAGCGUAGGAUGUGUUAGUUCUGUUAAAGUUCAACUGGAGAAUGGAAACUUUCAUGAAGAAAUUGGUUAUUAUAGCGCAGAAGAAUCUACAAAAGGCUUGUCAAUACACAAUGCAAGAAUUGGUUCUGCUGUAAAUGGCUUAAGAAGAGCUUUGUUGUCAUUUGGAAACAAAAUUGAAAGAGAAUUGCAAUCGCAAAAAGAAAUUAAUCCUGAACAAACUGAUGACAUACAAAAAAGUCUGGUACAAUCAUCAGUUAAUAAGCAGAUUGAAGAAAAAUCAAAUGUUCAUAUUGAAGAGUCUAUUUGUAAGAUAGAUACAAAUCUGGAAUCGGAUAAAAAUAAAGUACCUAUAAAAAAGAUAACAAAUGAUGAUAAUACUUCAUCACCAUCAUCAAGAAUGGUUAACUCUCAAGAACUUCUUUUAUCUUUGUUGGAUCAGAAAAAAAUAGUGACAGUACAAAACGACAAAGCAGAUACUAAAAUUGAAGAGAAAUCAAAACAAGUAUUAUCUGCAAAAGAAUUACAACGAAUGGAGAGAAAAAGAAAACAAAUGGAAAAACAGAUGGAAUUUAAAAAACGUAUGAUGGAAAAGGAAGGGUUGGCAGUAUUAAACAGUGAUAAUAAGCCUAAUCCUAAAUAUUAAUAAUAUACAUAUAAAUAGCAUAUAUCAUGUAAACACAUCCAUUUUUGUAAAGCCAAGCCAAUGUUAUAUCUGUAAUAUAUAUAUAUAUAUAUAAUAAAUUUAUUUUUUAUAUUGAAAAAA